ACCUUAAUAACCUCAAAUGACGCUGAAUGGAUAAGAAUGGUACUUCUUAACCCCGAAGACACAUUCAUAGAAUCAGCAAAUUUUCGGCACUGGGUGAAAAAUUCGUUCACGCUCAGCAAUAACCAGAUACCCAAGCAAUACAUAAAAAUAUGCCCAAUGUGCAGUCCAGUACUAUCUGAACCACUAGUACCGGCUUUGAAAGUACUCUCAAAUGUUGUUGAGUUUGACAAGCGCAUGGCAAGUUAUACCAAACAUUUGCCUGAUGAAUUUAGAGAUAAAGCUACAAUAUCCUGGAGCAUGACUGGGAAGAUUGAAAAGACACUUCUUGAUGACACUACAGAACCAGUCAAGUUUCAGCUGAAAUUCACUGAACCACCAUUCAUGUACAACCCUAAGGACAUCUAUCAUCGCGACUUCCCUAAGUGGCUUCAAUGUCACAAGUCAGCACAUACUCUGGCAAUGAAGGUCCAGCCCUACCACUGCGAACACAUCAAUCCUUCUACAGGCAAGCCUUGCAACUCCAUCCUUUCCAGUCCUCGCUCUCUUAGAAGGCAUGAAGAUGAAAUCCACAACACCCGCAAGCAAAAGGUGCGGUGCUGUCUAUGUACAAAGGAAAAGACCUUUUCUCGCAAUGAUAACCUUGCACACCACAUGCGGGUUUUCCACCCCGAAGUUGAUUGGCCAGGCAAGCGGAAAUGCAAGUCAACAUAUUCUUGA